GCUGCGGCGACUGAAACCCGUGCGGAGUCUUGAUCUGAAGAUAAAAAAUAAUAAUAUUUAGCUACACGGCAGGAACAUGGAUGCUAAGCGUGCGGAUGUCAACGUCCAGGAUUAGGCUAAAAGUGUGAAAAGGAGUUUUGAGUUCCGUAGCCUUUCGGUGUGGCCCGUGCGGUGUUUGCGGGGAGGAUGGAGAGCGAUUGCAGGAUCGGGAGCUGCUUGAGGCCCAGGUUCCUGGCCUUGCACAUGCUGUUCUGGGGCAUGAUAUCUCUCCGGGUGUUUGGUGCAGCUCUCCUGAGUGACGAAAAGAUUCCAGUGACUCACGCCGUGACCACGCCCUGCUGGCGCACGGAGGAGUUUGUGGUGGCAGCGGAGUGUGCCCAAUGCAACGCCUUCCAGUCGAAGACGGUGGCGGCCUGCAGUCCCACAGGUUUUGUGGAGAGAAUCAACUGUGCCAAGUCCAACAAGGACGAGUACAAGAGCUGCCGCUCGGCCCUCAUGGACGAGAGACUGUUCUGGAAGUUCGAGGGCGCCAUGGUGGGCCUCACCAUCCUCUUCGCCCUGGUGGUGGUCUCCAGGCAACGGUCGCUCGACCGCCUGGCCUCCGAAAAGGUCCGCCGGCAGAUUGAGUCCAUCUAGGGCCCCCCGGGGAAGAGACGGGCGGCGCAAACGCCUCGAUCCUCGCCCAUCGCCCAACGCCCAACACCCAACGCCCAACACCGCAAGGGCUGCUCCUUCAACUGUUAUCGGAUCCCAUGAAAUACUCAACCAGAUAUUUUUUAUUAUUAUUAUUUUUAAAUCAGAGCCAGUUGGGAGUUUGGCAUCCGUCUCCUGCUAAAAUCUGAAGACCUGCUAUUAUUAUGUUUCAUUAUAAUCUUUAUCAUUUAAUAUGGGAUUUGGAAUUGCAUAAUGAAAUCUGAUCUCUCACAGUCUGUACAAAUUCUACUGUGGUUCAAGUCUGGUCUGGAGUUCAUCUACAACAAAAAGCAUCACUAACAAAAUGGACCGUGAAAGGAUGUGUAAUAUUCACCCUGGUGGGCCUGCAGGGUGACCUACGGACCAUGACCCCUGACCUCAGUCCAGCCCAAACUGGACAUGAAAACGGUUGAAGUUGGGUCCCCUGGUUCUGCAUAAACGGUUCACCAGCUCACUUUGGGCUAAGGCGGCUGUGAGCUCCGAGACGUCUGGCUGCAUCUUCCCUGGAUUUAAAUGGGGGAGCGUGAGGUCAUUUGAUUGGCGUUCCCUGUGAUGGCCACUAGAUGGCGCCAGAAGCGCCACCACACGCUGAGUUCGUCGGAAAAGCAACUUUCGGCUAAUGUCGCAACGCCUGUUGUGAUUAAAAAGACUGACGACCGUUACAUUCAAUGAAAUUCAAGGUUAUUUCCUGGUGGAUGUUAAAACCUGAAGCAUGUAUUGUUGUAUAUAUGUGUAGAUAAGAACGCCUACCAAUAAGAUCAUGCUUCAUUUUUUCUUUUUUUUAAUUAUAUAUUAUAUGUGAACAUUUUAACAAGGUACCAUAGAGUGGAUGAUGCUUAAAUCAGAUUAUUAAGUUUCAGUUGUGGAGUCUGUUUAGAAAACCACCCACAUUACAGGAUAUGAUGCAAGGUAUGUGUGGGUGGACAGCCUUUAAGCACGUUAGCACGUGGUGCUCGAAGCAUAGCCUCAGCCCUCGGAUUCAAACUCGAUGGUGAAGAGACAAAGCACAAUUUCUCCAGCCAAGAAAAAAGAAAAAACACAUUCUGCUCACUGCAGGGGCUCUAACAUUUCUUUCCUUUUUAAUUUUUUUUUAUUUUUUAUAAAUCUUGGACUUUACUUAAUUUAUGCACUAAUUGAUGGUGUACUUAUAGACUCUGCAGUAGAGAGCUGUUGGUGUUUUGGGGCAUGGUCUUAUGGGAGCUAGUUCAGCAGUUCUCCAUUGUGUGCUCAAGCGCAGGUCAUGCUUUACCCGACUGAGGGGAGUCUAUGGUCCCGGCCUGCUUUGCCUGGUGUCAUACGUGUCAAAGAUGGAGGUGCACUUGCUGCGUUUUUUCCGGCCACAGGAAGUGGUGAUCAUGUGUAGCUCCUAAUUCAGGCUAGUUCUGACCUGGUUCUGCGGUGAAAGCCAGCCGACGGCAGGUCAGGGGCGCCGAUGCACGCUUGCUGAAAACGGCUGGCAGUCGCCGGAUACUUGGAUAUAAUCCCGUUUGACCGGUUCUCCUCGCGCCAGGGAGGAGGAGGAGGAGGUUUCCUGGACCUCCAGACUGCAGAGCGAUUUGUUACACGAGGACCAUUCGGCACGAAAAUGGAACUGCAGGUUAUCAGUGUUACUCCAGUCCAAUGGGCUCAGUAUUAACAAAGAUCCAGUGUGUCUCUCGGAGGGACUCCUGUCGAAACUGCGUUUAUGGCACGGACUGUGCUUCUGUUAGUGAGGUAUGAGUUAAUAACACCAGCUUCGCCCAUCUAAAACAAACAUGUCGGACAGACCCCAGUGGCAUCGUCGGUCCGAUCCCAGUGACGUCAUCUCCGAUCCCUGUAGUGACAUCAUCAGUCCAAUCCCAGUGACGUCAUCAUCUCUGAUCCCCGUAGUGACAUCAUCAAUCCAAUCCCAGUGACGUCAUCAUCUCUGGACCCAGUAGUGACAUCAUCAGUCCGAUCCCAGUGAUGUCAUCACUGGGAUUGGACUGACGGUCUCUGGUCCCAGUCGUGGCAUCGGUUUGCUCCACACUGAUCCUCACAGUAUGGGGAUGGGAAGCGAUGCUCUGUCUGCUGCUCCUGAGCCAAUCCAGGCCGUGUGAAGAUCUUCAUGUUAUGCGGAUGAAUUGUGUUUCCUGGUUCUGGACAAAUUCGAUUAUCAUUUUUGGAUCAUAGUGCAUUAUCUGCAGUUGUGGGUGCCCUUUUUCUUUUUUUCUUUUUUCUUUUAAGCCUUCCUGGAAUAAUGCUGUGGCAUAAGUCAAUUGUCUUCUGUAUUUAUUGGGAAGUUGGUAUAGAAAUGUGUGUUGUUGCAGUGUUUUAGCCAGGACAGUGGAGAGGUUGCUGGAAUAGCCAUUACUGCAAGUAUUACCUGGCAGCGACAAUUUAAAUUGUCAAGUUUGCUAAGAUUUUUUUUUUUUGUGUGUGUGGAGAUAUUUCUAAGAAUAGUCUAUGGCUAAUAAUUCAGAUUCAGGGUAACAUGCUCCUUGCAAAAAUCAGAAUAACUGGCACUGCUACAGAGUUAGAAAAAUGCAUGUUGUUUUUGGCCUCGUUCAUUUCCCUGGUUCCAUUUUACUUCGCAAACAACCCUGGUGCUGCCAGCGAAUACAAAAUGGAGACCACACGGUGAGCUGUGUUUGCCAAUGAAAUGUUUAUAGAUUUUUUUAUUUUUUUUUAUUUUUUUUGGUGGCACUGUCAUUUCGGUCCCACAGAAAAAUGUUUACAGAUGAAUUUGUCUGUUAUACUGGGGAGGGUGGCAUUUCAGUGCGGCUGGGUUGGGCUGUGCUGCCUGAAUUUGAGCUGUAUAUCUGGUCUCAAGUUUGGUCUUGAACUUGUCCAUUUUUUUUAAUGGCUGGCUUUGUAUAUUGCCUCUGUAAAUAAUGUAUUUUUAUAAAAUAGUGUGUGACUGUCAACUUUCAACUGGCUGACAAUGAACAUGCUACAAUGAAAGACUUAAUCUUA